UAAAGAACCAUGUCCCCAAGUCCAUUGCAAGUCAAGGUUAGCGCUUUGAAGAGAUUGAUCAAGGAAGAAAAGUUGUAUCAACAAGAAGUUUCCGAACAGGAACAAUAUGUCAACAAAAUGAAAGAAAGUAACGCUGACGAAUAUGAAAUCAAAAAGCAAGUUGAAGUCUUGGAAGAAUCAAAGAGAAUGGUUCCACAAGUCACCAAGAAGAUUGGUGAACAUAGAGAAGCUUUAAAGAGUUUCUUGGAAACUUACAGUGGUGAUGAAGAUCUUACUGCUGCUAAGGAGUUGCUUGUUUAGUUGAAUAUCCCGGUUUUGUUGCUAGAAACGGCUAUGCCAUAUAAUUUAUAUAGUUGCUUUAAUAAAAGUGUAAUUUGAUUCGUCCAUUUGCGAUAGAGAAGAAUUAUAGACUACACCACCCAUUUAAUACUUCUAAGUAUGACUAAAAGGUUUUUUCUUUUGUAUUAUAUGCAACAACUAAGUACUAUUUUUCUUUUU